AUGGCUACCCUCGACGUCUCAAGUGAGCGGGGCGAGCGAGGGCUUCUCCCGGGAACCCUGGACGCUCUGACCGCCGAGUUUGACGAUACCCUGAGGUUCUACCUGAACGGGACCAAGGUGGUUCUGGAUGAGAUUGAUCCUGAGAUUACCGUCCUCGAAUACCUCCGAGGCAUCGGUUUGACGGGGACAAAGCUUGGUUGCGGAGAAGGUGGAUGCGGUGCUUGCACCAUUGUUGUGAGCCAAUAUAACCCGACCACCAAACAGAUCUAUCAUGCCAGUGUAAACGCCUGUCUCGCGCCGCUGGUGAGCCUGGAUGGCAAGCAUGUCAUCACCAUCGAGGGCAUCGGCAACACAAAACGUCCGCAUCCCGCUCAGGAACGAGUGGCCAAGGGGAACGGUAGUCAGUGCGGUUUCUGCACCCCCGGCAUCGUCAUGAGCUUGUAUGCCCUGCUGAGAAACAAUGAGGCCCCAACGCGCCAUGACGUGGAGGAGUGCUUUGACGGCAAUCUUUGCCGAUGCACGGGAUACCGGCCCAUUCUCGACGCCGCCAAAACAUUCACCGUUGAGCAGUCAUUCCGGAAUGGACCUUCAAAGGCUACUACUGCCCGGGCAUGCUGCAAGAGCAACGGUAACGGCGUGAAUGGAGCGAAGGACAUGCAAGCUCGCGGGUCACACAUGCAGAUCGUGGACGGGGACAUUGACCAGGUUGCAAUUGGCUCUGGAGGUCGUGGCUGCUGCAUGCAAAACGCGGCCUGUCCCCCGCCAGGGGAUGCCAGGGGCUGUUGCAUGCAGAACAAGGUUUCGGAUGAUCAGCCCAUCAAACGGUUCACUCCUCCGGGCUUCAUAGAGUACAACCCGGAUACGGAACUCAUCUUCCCGCCCGCUCUGAAGAAGCAUGAGCUGCGACCGCUGGCGUUUGGUAAUAAGCGCAAAAAGUGGUAUCGACCGACCACGCUAGAACAGCUUCUUCAAAUCAAAAACGUGCUCCCGCAGGCCAAAAUUAUCGGUGGAAGCAGUGAAACUCAGAUCGAGAUAAAGUUCAAGGCUCUUCAGUACCCCGCCUCGGUGUUUGUUGGUGACAUUGCCGAACUUCGGCAGUACGAGUUUGACGAGCAUCACAUUCAAGUUGGCGGCAACGUCAUCCUGACGGACCUCGAAGGCAUAUGCGAAAAGGCUGUCAGACAUUACGGCCGCGCAAGGGGCCAAGUGUUUGAGAACAUUUUGAAGCAGUUGAAGUUCUUUGCUGGACGACAGAUUCGAAAUGUAGGCACGCCGGCGGGGAACUUGGUGACUGCGUCGCCCAUCUCUGACCUGAACCCUGCAUUAUGGGCUGCGGAUGCUGUUCUCGUCACCCGGUCUGCUACACAGGAAAAGGAGAUUCCGGUGGCUUCGUUCUUCACCGGAUACCGCACAACCGCUCUGGCCCCCGAUGCCGUCAUCACUUCCAUCAGGAUUCCGGUGACCGCGGCCAAGAACGAGUUUUACCGGGCUUAUAAGCAGGCGAAGCGCAAGGACGACGAUAUCGCCAUCGUUACCGGGGCGCUGCGAGUCAAGUUGGAUGACGACGGCAUGGUCACUGCGUGCAACCUCAUCUACGGCGGCAUGGCGGCCACCACCUGCUCUGCAAAGACGGCGACGAUGUACCUUGUUGGCAGGAAGUUUGCCGAGCUUGAGACCCUUGAAGGUGUGAUGGGUGCUUUGGAAACCGAUUUCGACAUGCAGCACAGCGUUCCUGGCGGCAUGGCGUCGUAUCGGAAAGCUUUGGCGUUGGGUUUCUUCUAUCGCUUUUACCACGACGUCUUGACCAAGCUGGAUGGGCCGAGCGAGCAUGUGGACAAGGAGGCUGUGGAUGAGCUUGAGCGAGAAAUUUCCAAGGGAUCAAUUGACGAGACCUCUGCGGCUGCUUAUGAGAGAGAAGUUACUGGAAAGUCGAACCCGCAUCUUGCAGCUUUGAGACAAACCACCGGCGAAGCACAGUAUACCGACGACAUUCCUGCCCUGAAGAACGAACUCUUUGGCUGCUGGGUCCUGUCCACCAAAGCGCACGCCAGGAUCAAGUCGGUUGACUUCUCCAAGGCUCUUGACAUGCCUGGCGUUGUCGAUUACGUCGACGCCAACGAUAUGCCGUCAGCCGAAGCGAAUAAGUUUGGACCGCUGCGCUUUGACGAAGUCUUUUUCGCCGAGGGCGAGGUCCACACGGCAGGCCAGGCCAUUGCCAUGAUUCUGGCCACCUCGGCAAACAGAGCCGCCGAAGCAGCCAGAGCCGUCACGGUUGAGUACGAAGAGCUGCCCGCCAUCCUAACCAUGGAAGACGCCAUCGCCAAGAGGAGCUUCCAUCCGGAAUACCGCGAGAUCAAAAAAGGUGAUGCGGAAGCCGCAUUCAAAAACUGCGACCACAUCUUUACCGGCACGGCUCGCAUGGGCGGCCAGGAGCAUUUUUACCUUGAAACCAUGGCCUGCGUUGCGGUGCCCAAGCGCGAAGAUGGCGAGAUGGAGAUAUUUGCUAGCACGCAAAAUACCAGUGAAACUCAAGUAUUUGCUGCCCAAGUGUGCAACGUUCCCGCAAACCGAAUCACCGUGAGAGUGAAACGACUCGGCGGUGGCUUUGGUGGUAAAGAGACUCGCUCUGUGCUCCUCAGCUCUUCCGUCGCUCUAGCUGCCCACAAGACAGGCCGACCCGUCCGUUGCAUGCUAACCCGUGAAGAAGACAUGGUCACAACAGGCCAGAGGCAUCCAUUCCUUGCCUACUACAAGGUUGGUGUCAACAAGGAUGGUAGGAUCCAGGCCGUCGACCUUGACAUCUACAACAAUGGCGGAUGGACUUUGGACCUAAGCGCUGCGGUCGUCGAGCGGGCCAUGAGCCACUCUGACGGCUGCUACUUUAUCCCCAACAUGACUGUUCGAGGUCGGGCCUGCAGGACAAACACAAUGUCCAACACGGCGUUCAGAGGCUUUGGCGGACCACAGGGCAUGUUCAUCGCCGAGACGUACAUGGAAGAAGUGGCCGAUCGUCUCGGCAUGCCGGUCGAGACGCUGCGCGAAAUCAACCUCUACAAACCUCAUGACAUCACCCACUUCAACCAAGAGAUUGAGGACUGGCAUGUGCCUCUCAUGUGGAAGCAAGUCAAGGACGAAAGCGACUACGAGGUGCGGAAAGCCUUGGUGUCGGGGUUCAACGAAGACCACAGGUGGCGCAAGAGAGGCAUGGCCUUGAUCCCCACAAAGUUUGGCAUCUCCUUCACUGCGCUGUUUCUCAACCAGGCCGGAUGCUUGGUGCACAUCUACCACGACGGCUCGGUCCUGGUGGCUCACGGGGGCACGGAAAUGGGCCAGGGCCUGCACACAAAGAUCACCAUGAUUGUCGCGCAGGCCCUCGGCGUGCCCCUGGAGAGCGUCCUCAUCUCCGAGACGGCCACAAACACAGUCGCCAACGCAUCCGCGACGGCGGCCUCUGUCUCGUCCGACCUCAACGGCUACGCAGCCUUCAACGCCUGCCAGCAGCUCAACGAACGCCUGGCACCGUACCGCGCGGCCCUGGGAGCCGACGCCACGAUGAAGGCCAUCGCCCACGCAGCCUACAUGGACCGCGUCAACCUCUCGGCCCAGGGGUUCUACAAGACGCCCGAGAUCGGCUACGUGUGGGGCGAGAACAGGGGCAAGAUGUUCUUCUACUUCACCCAGGGCGUCGCCGCCGCCGAGGUGGAAAUCGACACGUUGACGGGGACGUGGACCUGCCUCCGGGCCGACAUCAAGAUGGACGUCGGGCAGUCCCUCAACCCGUCGAUCGACUACGGCCAGAUCCAAGGCGCCUUCGUGCAGGGCAUGGGGCUCUUUACCAUGGAGGAGUCGCUGUGGCUGCGCGGCGGGCCCAUGGCGGGCAACCUGUUCACCCGGGGCCCGGGGGCGUACAAGAUCCCCGGCUUCCGCGACAUCCCGCAGGAGCUCAACGUGACGCUGCUCAAGGACGUGGAGUGGAAGGAGCUGCGCACCAUCCAGCGCAGCCGGGGCGUGGGGGAGCCGCCGCUCUUCAUGGGCAGCGCCGUCUUCUUCGCCAUCCGGGACGCCCUCAAGUCGGCGAGGAGAAGGGCGGGGGUGGCGGCCGAGGUCGGAAGGGACCACAGCGAGGGGUUGCUGAGGCUGCAGAGCCCGGCGACGCCGGAGCGCAUCCGGCUGGCCUGCGAGGAUGAGAUUAUGAGGCGGGCGAGGGUAGCGGCCAAGGAGGGCGAAGAGAGCUUUUUUGUUGUCAUCUGA